UCUCAUAAAUUAAAAUAUUAGUAUUAGCCAUAUGCAAUGCCCUAAUUUAGUCAAAAUCAUAAUUUUAGGCUUUUUUCACCGUGGCCUUCAAGUACAAGGAGCUAGUUUAGACACUUUGCCCAUAUAGCUAAUCGAAAGGAGGGCAAAGGUACUCUCCCAGAGACGAAGAGAAUUUGCAGCCAUGGCAGAAGAUCUGGUGCUCGAUACGGCGAUAAGAGAUUGGGUACUUAUUCCUCUAUCCGUAGUUAUGGUCCUCAUUGGCGUCCUCCGCUACUUCGUCUCCAAGCUUAUGCGCUCUUAUCAAGUCCCGGAUGCCAAGAUCGUCAAAGAAGGGCAAGUAAUUGUCAGGGCUCGGAAUUUGCGCUCUGGCGCUAAUUUUAUACCUCCUAAGGCGUUUCGUGCUCGAAGGGUUUAUUUCAGCAACGAGGAAAAUGGAUUGUUAUUUGUUCCGAAAGGCCAGGCACAAAAUGCACAAGCACAAAUGUUCUCUGAUCCAAAUAUGGCCAUGGAUAUGAUGAAAAAAAACCUUUCUAUGAUUAUACCUCAGACUCUUACUUUUGCGUGGGUCAACUUUUUCUUCUCUGGAUUUGUUGCUGCCAAGAUACCCUUUCCGCUGACUCAGAGGUUCAGAUCAAUGUUGCAAAAUGGGAUUGACUUGAGCACUGUUGAUGUUAGUUAUGUCAGUAGUCGUUCAUGGUAUUUCCUUAAUUUGUUUGGAUUAAGGGGUUUAUUUAGUCUCAUUCUUGGUGAAGAAAAUGCUAUGGACGAUACACAACGCAUGAUGCAAAUGAGUGGAUUUGGCUUUGAUCCAACAAAGAGCUUGAGUGCUGAGAAAGACAGUCUUGACAUAAUCCAGCAUGAAUGGGCCCUACCCAAAUUUGAGCAGCGUGCUGAAGCAGUAUUGAGAAAACUCGUCAGUUGAACAUAGGCAGAUAUGGCAAAUUGGCAGCCAAUAGAGUUUCAACACAUCCGGGUUUCCAAUUCUUUCUUAUAUUCUGAAUUAGAAGUCUGCAUCAAGCUUGAAGUCGACUGCUGUUUUAGCAAUUAUAAGAACUGGUGUAUUGAGGAUGACUACAUGUUCACGGUGACCAUUGAAGAGAUUUUCCACUUCGCUGGUUUUAACAUGUUUUCUUCUUGAAUUGUGAUGACAUUUAGGCUUUUUUGUUUAGCAAAGAAUAAUUUGUAUGUGAAAAUAGUUUGAGAAAGUGAAUUGAUUUCUGUUUU